UAUGAAAUACAAGACUUCAUUGGAAGAAACAUAGAGUAAACAUUUGAGUAUUAACUUCAUGUACACUGCUUAUUGUGAUAAAAUGUUGAUUUUUGGCUAGUAUGAUUUGAAACGUAUAUUUGAGUUGGAUAUUCUAUGGACUACUUUUUAAAGCGGAUGUAUGGAGAAACAAGACACAGAUAUCAAAAUAAAUGUUAGUUACGUUGACGUAACUAGCCACCAUAGGGAUGAUUUUUCUGGAGAAGAUAAUGCUCCUAAGAAUACGUCUCGGUUACUUCCGAACCGACGUCUUCAGCACCAGCAGAUCCCAGAGAAACAUAAGAUUAACAGAGCAGGGCCCCAGCGUCUUUCUGUUGUCAAGGAAACUGAUGGCGUAGAACGGCGAAGCUCAGACGUCUGUAGCGAAUCAGGAAAGUUGGGAACCAAUAGACGAGUAUCUACGGCUGCGCAAUGGGAAGAUGAGUGGUUAAACUACGAAGAGGAUGAUCUUCUUGAUGUUAUGCCAACAACCACACAAAAACGACUGAAUACAGCGCCAUCUAACAAGACUGGGUUUGUUGCUUGGGAUGAUGAUGAUUUUGAAACGGAGGAAGAGCGAGUGAAGAAAGAAACAGAACGGAAAAAGAACUUUUACCGCUCUGCCUGUAAACUUGCCAGAAGUCAGCCCAUAGACCACGUGACUAGAUCAAUCACUACACCGGAAAUGAACCUCCAAAAUCGACCCAUGUCAACCGAUGAAGUGAAAGCUAUUUCAAUAUCACUAGUAAAAAAUACCGAUGUCCAAAAGUUGGACUUGACGCAUAGUCAACUGUCAGAGCCAUCUGUUGGAUAUGUCACUCAAAUGAUACAAGAAAACGUCUACAUUACAGAACUUAGUCUUGCUGAUAACAAUCUUGGUACACCUGGUGCUAAACUGAUUUGUAAUGCAUUGGUCGCCAACUCAACUCUCCUUCACUUGGAUGUCGCGGGCAAUGGCUUUGAAGACUGCGAUGGAUUCCAUAUUGGCAAUCUCAUAGAACAAAACAAUAGUCUAAAACACUUGUCUCUGGCACAUAACGGAUUCAGUGAGGAAGGAGGAACGAUAUUAGGGGAAGCAUUAAGUCGGAAUACUGGGCUCGAAAACCUGGAUAUCAGUUGGAACAAACUACGCAGGCGCGGGGCUGUGGCAAUAUCUGACGCUCUCAAAGUAAAUGGAACGUUAACUGUGUUGAAUGUUUCUUGGAAUGGUUUCGGAAUAGAAGGUUGCCUGGCUUUUGGGGACUCACUCGGAGAGAAUAACACUCUCGUGGAACUUGAUCUGACUGCAAAUCGUAUCAUUCUAGCCUGUUUGCUCUCAUUACUACGUGGUAUCAAGCAUAAUACAACAUUACAAACAUUAAAGAUUGGUCAUAAUUCGUUGACUGAUCGCGGGGCGUUUGCUGCAUUGAAAGUUAUUGGGGAGCAUACGGAAGGGAGCAUCAACUAUCUCGAUAUCACAGAUGUGCCCGUCGACCAAAAGUUCGUGGAAUAUUGGCGAUCAAUGCAAACACAUCGCCACUUAAAGGUAACGCACGGAACGAUUCUACGCAAGAUGAACCGCACAAGCGUCGAAUUUGAAGACACACUGGAUCCAAUAAUGAUGCUAUUUGAAUAUAUGAAACAAGACAACCUACGUCUUGUGGAUCUAUUUCAUCGAUUAGAUACGGAUAAAAGUUCAGAUAUUGACUCGUCUGAGAUACAAAAGGGACUUAUGACAUUUAACAUUCCUUUUGACGAAGAAGGGCUUAAGAGGAUUAUGAAGAAAUUGGACGUUAAUGGAGAUGGUGUCAUUGAUUUUGAUGAACUAAAAAUGGGGCGACGUGAAAACACAAACAGUAUUAAGAAAUGGCAAGCAGCAGCUAAAAAGGCUGGCCAUAGUGCGGACAAUGUAGAGAAAUUAAAGAGCAAAGUUGCCAGUUUAUUGAGUACAAAACCUGGAACAUUAACAAAAGCGAAUUCACCGAAAAACUCGUUCGCUGACAUUGUGCAAAGGAAGGAUGAUGGAUACCUCAAAAUAGUGUUUCAAAUUGGAUAAUUGAUAAAUAAGCGAGGAUUUUCAAUACUGGUCAUACGGUUGUUAUAAAACAUUUAAUAAUUUUUUACAAUGAAUUGGUAUUCUCCUAACAUUACACAAAAUGAGUCUCCACGAAUUUUAGAGUAAGAGGGGCUGAUAUUGAGUUUUGGUGACUAUCCACAUGAUUAGCAGAUCUUUAUAAAGCGUUAAUUAUAAUUUUAAUGUCGUUUUUAAGAAGAAUGCAGGCGGUCGUUUAUCCUGUUUCUUUUAUUCACAUGAUCAAAUAGAUUAUACAAUAACCAAUGACAUACAGCAUUUAUAAACGCAACAAACCCAGAACAAAAUACAACAAAAAACAAGAUAAAUAAAAGUUUACAAUGAUUAAAAGCAAAUAAAAAAUUGACCGCAGAGACUACCCGUCAUAACUCUUUCAUUUUUAAAUUAUAUUGCUGAAAUAAGGCAAAACUGCAGGCUGAGCCAAAAAAGUAGGCCAAACAAAUGUUAAUAACUCCGUCUUCCAACAUGGCUUUGAAUUCAUAUUUCACACAAUGAAACUGUGUUUAAUGUUCUCUAAUUCUAGUAACUUUCAUUGGUCUACUCUUUAUGGUCACGAUUUUAAGGCAAUUUCAAAAACCCAUAUAAACCCAUGCUCAAUGACUGAGUUAUUCACAUUUCUUGGGGUUACCUUUUUGGCCCAC